AGAUACUUAUACUAAAUCUAAUAUCACUGGCAGCCGCGUCAUUCGGCAGCGCCGGCGAGGAGGAGGAUAGCGAAGCAACGGCCGGAAAAUGAUGUUAGCACGACUGGCUUUCAGCAAGAUUAUUUCUUCCCAUCUGACUGCCAUGCACACUUCCUCUCGCCAGAUAAGCAUGGAAGCACAGAGUGUUGCUGCUCGACUUAAAAAUUCAGGUCUUUUUCGGACCCAGGGUCUGAUAGGAGGGAAGUGGAUUGAUGCUUAUGAUGGGAAGACCAUUAAGGUUAACAAUCCAGCUACCGGAGAAAUUAUAGCUGAAGUUCCUUGCAUGGGUAGAAGGGAGACAAAUGAUGCAAUAUGUUCUGCCUAUGAUGCUUUUAGUUCUUGGAGCAAACUCACAGCUGCUGAAAGGAGCAAAUAUCUUAGAAACUGGUAUGAUUUAUUAAUGACCCACAAGGAAGAACUUGGACAACUAAUAACAUUAGAGCAAGGAAAACCUCUAAAAGAAGCCAUGGGUGAGGUAAGUUAUGGGGCCAGUUUUAUUGAAUUUUUUAGUGAGGAGGCAAAACGUGUGUAUGGCGACAUAAUUCCAGCACCUUUAGCUGAUCGCCGGUUGGUUGUUCUAAAGCAGCCUGUUGGUGUUGUUGGUGCAAUUGCCCCCUGGAAUUUUCCCUUAGCCAUGAUCACUCGAAAGGUUGGCCCUGCUCUUGCUUGUGGGUGUACAGUGAUUAUAAAACCUUCUGAACUUACACCCCUCACAGCUUUAGCUGCAGCUGAGCUUGCCCUUCAAGCGGGAAUUCCUCAGGGUGUAGUGAACGUGGUUAUGGGAAAUGCUCCUGAUAUUGGUGAUGCUCUACUUGCAAGUACACAGGUAAGAAAGAUCACAUUUACAGGCUCAACAGCAGUUGGGAAGAAGUUAAUGGCUGGUGCUGCUGGAACUGUUAAAAGGGUAUCUCUUGAACUUGGCGGUAAUGCACCCUGCAUCGUCUUUGAUGACGCAGAUCUAGAUGUGGCAGUCAAAGGAACUCUUGCAGCAAAGUUUCGUAACAGUGGACAGACUUGUGUUUGUGCAAAUAGAAUACUUGUGCAAGAAGGUAUUUAUGAGAAAUUUGCAGAUGCUUUUUCAAAAGCUGUUCAAAAUUUGCAAGUUGGGGAUGGGUUCACAGAAGGUGUUGUCCAGGGGCCACUAAUUAAUGAAGCUGCAGUGCAAAAGGGAGCAAAAGUUCUUCUUGGGGGUAAAAGACAUAGCCUUGGAUUCACUUUCUACGAGCCUACAGUAGUUACAGAUGUCAAGAAUGAGAUGCUUAUAGCAAAAGAGGAAGUGUUUGGACCUGUGGCACCUCUAUUACAGUUUAAAACUGAGGAGGAAGCUAUUCAUAUUGCAAAUGACACCAAUGCAGGGUUAGCUGCUUACAUUUUCACAAACAAUGUUCAACGCACAUGGCGUGUCUCAGAAGCUCUUGAAUAUGGGCUUGUUGGUGUUAAUGAAGGAAUAAUCUCAACAGAGGUAGCUCCAUUUGGUGGUGUCAAACAAUCUGGUCUUGGACGAGAAGGUUCCAAGUAUGGGAUUGAUGAAUAUCUGGAACUCAAAUACGUAUGCUUUGGAGAUAUGAACCGAAAAUGAUGCUCGAGGUAUGAGCUUAUGUAGAUAUCUGCUUAUGGUAUUUUUUUUGACUUGAGUUUCGUAGUGCCAAAAUGCUCAUUCCGUGAAUACAGAUACAGUGCAGCUGGUCGGCUGUAGUUUUGAAAGUAGUUCAUCGGAAAGUGCAUUUUCGAGCGUUUUCGUUUUCAAAUAGUUCCUCUUGCAGCGUAGUGUCUCUGAAUAAAUGCAGGCCAAUUGCAAUCAGCAAGCAAACUCUUGGCUAUUCUGCAUGUUUGUGUUGUAAACUCUUUUCCAAUGGGGUCAUCGGUGCAACUUAUGGAGUUCGACCCCAUUCGACUGUAAGUUGUUUUAUUAGGUUUGGAUGGGAGUAGAAAUGCAUGGAGGACAAUCUUCAAUUCCACAAAAGUGAUACAGAAAUGGAGCCCCAUAGCUUUAGAAUAAGAGAGAAGGGUCCCCUACUCCUUUAUGCAUUGAUGUUCACGUCCUCACAUUAGCUAGAUCGACUGCUCUGUUUAAUACUAAUUUGUUGUUAAUUUAUGCUCUAACCUUAAUUAAUCAGAACUACUGUAUUGUGUCUUAGCACUUCCGAUUAAUAAUCUAAGUUAUUCAUG